AUGGUGGCGUCAGGAAAGAAGACUCACAAAACCGUUUGCCUCAAGAUUAACCCUAGAAGAUCUCCGCGCGGGUUUAUAUCCGUACUUCUGGCAGUCGUAUGUUAUCAAGGUCGGAUUAGUCCAGCAGAAUCCGACGGCCAUCUUUUAAUUUACCAUCUGUUCAAUAGCUUGACAGCAGCAGAAGCUAAGUUAACCAACGGUGGGAUAAUCGUCACCGGCGACUACAGCCACUCGGACACUAACCAUUUGUAGAACUAUUUUAAGUUGAAACAGCUUGUGAAAUUUCCAACAAGGGGUGAAGCUACGCUCGACGUAAUGUUAACAACAUGAGGAUCACUUUUCGACUCCUGAGAAUUUACCACCAUUAGACCACUAUACAAUCAUUGUGAAGCGAAAGAAAAGAGUACCCCAACCAGCACACCAAGAAAACCAUCAAAUUAGAGACAUAAGAGACACCUACAAGGCGCGCCUCACCCGGUACUUUGCUAAUAUUGGCUGGCAAUGCGUCACCAACCAACCCAUUUAUGAGGAAAAACUCCAA